GACUUGCCAGCUCAAAUCUUCAAUCCUCAGAGGCUCACAAACUUCCUGCGUGGGCUCCUCCUGCUCGGAAUCGCUCGAAAUGGAUGUAUAUAGGGAUGAAGAAUGGAAAAGGAAUCAGCUACCCUUCAGUUCCACCCAGUAAUACAAAAGAAACGGAGGAGAGAAGAGCAAAGCUGUGGGGUGAGCACAAAAGGCCCCGCUUUAGUGCCAGCGUUUUAGCUGCAGCCGGCUGGACAGCUCCUGGGUGACUUCCGUUCCUGGGGUGGACCAGUUAGUCAGUUUAAAUCACAAACCAGCGGCGAAGGGAACCUUUCCUAGGGGUGAAGCUCUGGAGUGUAGCGCGCACAGACUUCUCUGCGGACUCCGAGCGGUGGCUCAGUGGCAGAGGCGACAAACUUGCCAGGAUUAGAGGCAAAUUAAUUAACCCACGUCUAUUUCGUUGCACUUUUCGAGACAUCCAAGCGGAUGAAAACUCCUGCGAGUUCCCUGGGAAAGGAGACCAUGCCCCCCAGUUCUCUUCUCAACCUCUCCUUGCCCGCGGAAGCGAAUGAGAGCUACUUGAUUCCUGAGGGGUGGGAAAAAGAUUUCCUGCCUGGCUCGGACGGGACAACCGCGGAGUUGGUGAUCCGCUGUGUGAUACCAUCCCUCUACUUAAUCAUCAUCACGGUGGGCUUACUGGGCAAUAUCAUGCUGGUGAAGAUAUUCCUCACCAACAACACCAUGAGGAGCGUCCCCAACAUUUUCAUCUCUAACCUGGCCGCUGGGGACCUGCUGCUGCUGCUGACCUGCGUCCCCGUGGACGCCUCCCGCUACUUCUUUGAUGAAUGGGUGUUUGGCAAGCUGGGCUGCAAACUCAUUCCGGCCAUCCAGCUCACCUCGGUGGGGGUUUCCGUGUUCACUCUCACCGCCCUCAGUGCUGACAGGUACAGAGCUAUCGUGAACCCCAUGGACAUGCAGACAUCUGGCGUGGUGCUGUGGACCAGUUUGAAGGCCGUGGGCAUCUGGGUGGUCUCUGUGUUGUUGGCAGUCCCUGAAGCUGUAUUUUCGGAAGUAGCACGCAUUGGUAGCUUGGAUAAUAACAGUAGUUUCACAGCAUGCAUACCCUACCCACAAACUGAUGAAUUACAUCCAAAGAUCCACUCAGUGCUCAUUUUUCUUGUCUAUUUCCUCAUACCACUUGUUAUUAUUAGCAUUUAUUAUUUUCAUAUUGCAAAGACUUUGAUUAAAAGUGCACACAAUCUUCCUGGAGAAUACAAUGAACAUACCAAAAAGCAGAUGGAGACACGGAAACGCCUGGCGAAGAUUGUGCUGGUCUUUGUGGGCUGCUUUGUCUUCUGUUGGUUUCCCAACCACAUCCUCUACUUGUACAGGUCUUUCAACUACAAGGAGAUUGAUCCUUCUCUAGGUCAUAUGAUUGUCACCUUAGUGGCCCGGGUUCUGAGUUUCAGCAAUUCAUGUGUCAAUCCUUUUGCUCUUUACCUGCUCAGUGAAAGCUUCAGAAAGAACUUCAACAGUCAGCUCUGCUGUAGGAGGAAGCCCUAUCCUGAGAGGUCGACCAGCUAUCUUCUCAGCUCUUCAGCAGUGAGAAUGACUUCUCUGAAAAGCAAUACAAAGAACGUGGUGACCAAUUCUGUCCUGCUAAAUGGACAUAGCACAAAGCAGGAAAUUGCACACUGAUUGAAGAACUCCCAACUCACUCAUGGAAAAUACCUAACAAUAUUUUUUAUUGUUACUGAAUGAAGCAGAACUAAAUAAUUUCUACAUCCAUACUGUUCCCUAGCUAAUUCAUCAGGGGACUUCAUGACUGACUCAAGUUCAAAGCAAAUAUUUUUCUCUGAAUCAAAUUUUACAUUACACUAUGCAUGUCUAUAUUACACAAACAUAACUCACACAUAUAUCCUGCUAACAUUGAUUUAUAGAUUACCUCAGGAUUUAAGGUAUUGCAACAAACAACUGUGUGAUAUUUACUUUACAUUCCUUUUAUCUUAAACCAUAGAGAACAUGGGUCAGAAUUUAGUGAGAGGUAAUAUCCAAACACCCAUAAUUUGAAUAUAAGUUAUAUCAUUUUGCUGAGUAAAUUGUAUUUAUAAUCAGUAUGUAAUUUGAAAAAUUUGAAAAAUCCCUAAAGUGAAGCUUAAUCAUAAUUCAUUAAUAUUUAUGGUUUUGUACAAUUAUAAUUUAUAGAAAGGUCUGUAAGUUCUAGAUAUUGUAUUAGAAAGCAUGAUGACAUUUUAUUAUGAAUUAUAAAUUAAUGUAUGAAUAUGACUUAGCUUGUAUAUAUAAAACAGGUCUCAUAUGUUCCAAAUUUCAACUGUCACUCAGAUGGUUGCAUGACCAUUUUUGUAAACAGUUAAAGUUUUAACAAUUUGGCUGCUUCUGUGUAGAUAAUAAGAUUUGUAAAAUUCUGACAAAUUCUCAUUAACUCUUGCAUCUGCUGACAAGUGUGUGGAAUACCAGGUAUUUUUUUUUCUCUAUGCAUGUCAUCACAGUUUUCUCCUAAUAAACAUAUUGGUAUUUUUCACCAAAACAUAUACACUGUCUUUAAUAAGCUCUAAAAGUUACCCCUUUCUUAAGCCCAUACCAAAUGUCUAAUACUUGAAUUUUUUCUCUUUAUAGACCAUAGUUGCUUCUAGAUACAGUAAGGUGAUUUUCUGGCACAACAAGCUCCUGUUAAAUACCCCUAGCCCAUACUACUAAAGAUAGGAAAGAAAUCAUUUGGAACCAGAAAUUGAGAAAUAAAUAUAAGCAAAUUACCUGUAGAAUUUUAUAUUAAGAAUGAUAAAGAACACUAAUCAGGUGUUUGCUGCUUUUUAGGCUUAGCUUUAUAUGUAAUUUUAAUUUUUUUUUUUCCUGCGAGUAAACUCUUUAAAGAAUAACAGAAGGAACCAAUUUUCUAGGCUAUGAAGAUGCUCAAAUUCGGGGGCAUCUUUAUUCAAGGGAUGACAUGAUUUUAAAAAUUAAAUGAGAACAAAAAUACAUUGCCAGAGGCCUGGUCUUUAGCUUUCAUUAACUUCAUGGAAAGGCUACCUGUGAAGUAGGUCUUGUUUGCUUUAUCCUAUAGAUAGGGAAAUUGAAGAUCCGCUAUAAUUAGUAACAUAAAGAAGAUUAUUUUGCCAUGUGAACAACUUGGAAUAGGACAUGUGUUACCACAUCAUAAAGGGUAUGCUCCAUUGCUCCAUUGCCAUUCAGCUGUGGCUUUUCACAUCUGACAGCCAACUCCAGGCAUGGUACAGAUUUAUUCACCAUGAAACUACACAAUGUAUACAACAUUUACUUUAAUUUUGAGUGCCUUGCAAAUCUUUUAAGCUCCAUUCAUUGCAUUUUGCAGAAUCAUCACCUAAGAAUUAAGAAUCUUUGGUCAAUGUAGAAUAUUUCUUAUUAAAUAUGUUAAGAUGGUAACAGGUAAGUAAGACUGCAAGACUCAUUCACAGAUGUCGUACAUGAUUCUUUUAGUUUCAUGUAUGCAGAAAUACAU